AUGCCUUCCAAAGUUCGAGAUAAUAGCGCCGAGCGGCGGCGCGAGAAAAAGGAGUCGUCGCGAUCAGAAAAGGACAGAAGAGAACGAGAUCGAGACCGAGACAGAGAAAGAGAUCGGGACAAAGAUCGAGACCGAGACAGAGACAAGGACAGAGACAAGGACAAGGAAAGACAUCGAUCACACCGCAAGACCUCCGUGCGAGAAAAGACAUCGUCGAGAACAUCCAUCUCGCCUGUCAAUGAAAAGCGCCGGUCCUCCAUGCCGGGAAUAAUCGAGGAUGCCCCGUCUAAGUUGGACUCCAAGUCCAGCCUGCCGUAUCCUUCAUUUUCCAGAGAACAUAGCCGCGAAGCCGUCGGGAUGGGAGGUCGCCCGGUCCUCAACGUCUUUACUCCUCCUGCGACCGACCUGAACGCUUCAAAAGACAAACUAGCCUCGAGGCACUCCGCUGCCGCGAAUGAGGCGCCGCCCAGCCCGCCGCUCACUGACAAGAACUCCGGGACGGCGAAAUGGAAAACCAAUGUUGGGAGACCGGUGUCAGUCGAAACCAUCCGGGAAGAAGAGAAAGACUCUCCGACGGAUGGAGAUGCGAAGGCCACCUGUAAGGCACGCCUAGUACCCAAAACAAGAGGAUCGAACGGGCGUCUGCGCAGUUCGUCUGAGCUGGGCACAGACAGUUCUCCGACCCGAAAGCCACGCGAUACACCGGCGACGCCGCUCAAGACGGUAACCCCGGUCUCGACAGUUCCUGUGUCGCAAAGAUCAGUCAGUCAACCAUCCCGAACUGAAUCUCCUGCGACCACCAACAGCGCAACCGAAUCCGGCACAAACAUCAGUUCCGACGCCACCUCGAUAGCCCCAGAACAACCUACGAUCCAACGGCCAGGGUCGAAGAUCCCUCCUGCUGCCGUGCAUCCAGAUGGUCCGACCGUGAUCCUCCCUCAAUCAAGGGGAGUAACUCCAAUGGAGGUGUAUAUAGAAGACAAUGCCUCCGUCUUGACGGGGACCCCAGCCAUCUUCUCCCAAACUCCGGCUCCUCCACCGCCGCCUCCAGCGCCCAUCCCGGUUUCUGUGCCCAAGGUCGACUAUUUGUUGCAGCACGGCGGACUAAACCAGUCAGUAACGAAAAAUCUACUACUGGCAGGGAAGCCCAUGGCGAUACAACAGGCUCAAUCGUCGAACCAACCAUCUAUUCUGGUCGCCAAUCUGUUUGAACCUUACGUCGCGCUACUUGAUGAUUUCGAAAAAGUCAUGUCGAAGAACGGUUCUUUGGCCGUGGCCACUGGGUACCGCUCUGUUGCACGUCGGCUUCUCGAUCGACUUGAAGCUGUGUUUGCGCGGGACAUUUCGUCCGAAGCCUGUCAAUGCCCCAUGUGCGAAUACGACCAUGCCGAGGACGUGAGGGGUGUCAGCUGGGGCGAAGUCCUAGAACUGGUUUCUGGGCGAAAAGAUCUCCCCAGCUGGCCACCUUUCGCUUUCACGCAAUCGCCGGUGGGAUUAGGAAUCUCACUGGAGUUUCGUGUGCCGAUGCAGAAGCUUGAUAUUGAUGUGCCAGAGGAGUAUAGAGAACACUACAUCCGGCAGUCCCGCAAGACGAAGCAAAGCGUGGAUAAAUGGCUCAGCCGUCAGAGCGAUGACCCUAGUUCACCACCCGAGGAGGUUGACGAGGAGACAUUGACGUUUGCCAUACUGACACAUCUGCCUGCUGAGCAGAGGCCGAUUUUUAAGGACUUACUGGGUAUCGUGGAUCGGCCAAUCGAACCUCCAAGACGAGUACCGACCCCUGAACUGGAGAAGCAGAACGGCGAGUCCGGUGCACCGCAGCCAACGCCCACGCCAGCACCAGCACCGCGAGUCCGCCCUCUACACAUCGCUGUAGCUUCGCAAGCGAUUCAGAGGUUGUACCGGUUGGCGGUCACGCCUAGAGACUCCGAGGCUGCUUUGUUCUUACUCAACAAUCCUUCGUUGCACAACGCCCUCGCCACAUUGGCAGCAAUUUCCCACGACGAGUGGGAUAUUCUCAUCUCUGGCCGCUUCGACGGGUUUCUCAGAAGUGGUGCCGAAGACGUUCCCUUCCCCGAGCACAUUCCGUCAAGAGGCCCGACUCCUCAUCGGCCUCCCACACGAGGCCCCACACCAGGAUACGGCCCUCAAACCAAUGGCACGGGCUACGGGUCUCGUCAGGCAAGCUAUUCCCAGCCCUACCCGCACCCAAACGGGAUUCCCAAUGCUCAAUAUGGUGCACCCAUCGCUCUGGACGAGGAGACCGAGUUGGCCACUCUUGCAGAGAUAGAACGUGACAUCUACGCCGGGAUGGAAGCACUCGAAGAUGCGUUCGAAGUUUUGCACAACAAAGCGGAAACCGUUCGUCGGGCGUUGCGAGAGCGCUCGGCUGGCUUAGCCGCUGCCGCCCAGCGACGACGCGGCGCCAUGGGUGGCGGCAUUGAGGUCCGCAUGGACACCCCCGCCAGCGGAAUCAUGCCCAAUGGGGAAAACGGAAUGGGCGGACGGUGGGACAUCGAAACUGAUGAUGGCCUUGGGGAAUGGGAGGGUCUUGGGGAGAUCGAGCCGGAUGAUUCGGCCAGUAAUAUCUCCAGGGCACGGAGGAGACGGCCAAAAAGAAGAAACGAAAGGAGGACGCCGGCUCUAAUCGAAGAAGAGGACGAGCUGGACGACGACGGGGCGAGCGAGGCCACUGGAAGCCCGAGGAAAAGAUGA